AUCGGCUGACAGUGCGGUAGGAUUUAAACCAACACAGUCGUCUCAGUGUAGUGUGAGUUGUUGAGCAUCGUGCAACGCAGACUUCUUAGUAUAACUCUGUGUCGGUCUGAAGCAACGAACGUUUAAGAAUGGCUCUUCGUGUUACAAGGAACCGCUUGGCUUCCUCAAGAACUAAUCUAGCUGGAAAGACAUGUACAGGUACUGGGCCAGCACUCAAGACGCGAGCCGCCCUUGAGGAAAUUGGGAACGUCCCAGCUACCAGAGAGCCACAGAAGAAGACAAUCAAGAAGGUCCAGCCUGUUAAAAAGACAAAGGCUCCUGUUGUGGUUGAAAAGGCAGAGUCCAAACUUAAAGAUGUUCCUGUGGUACAGGCUGAACCUGAGCUUCAGCCUGAGCCCUUGUCCCCAAGUCCAAUGGAGACUUCAGGCUGUGAGCCAGCUGAUUUGUGCCAGGCAUUUUCUGAUGUCAUUCUGCACAGUGCUGUCAGGGAUGUGGAUGCCGACGACUACGACAAUCCGAUGCUCUGCAGUGAAUAUGUGAUAAAUAUAUACAAGUACAUGCGUCAACUGGAGGCUGAGCAGAAUGUUAGAGAAAAUUACCUCCAAGGCCAGGAAGUGACUGGCAACAUGCGGGCCAUACUUCUUGACUGGCUAGUUCAAGUAUCCCUCAAGUUCCGCCUGCUGCAGGAAACUGUGUACAUGACUGUGGGAAUAAUUGACCGAUUUCUUCAGGAUAAUCCAGUCUCAAAGAAACAGCUGCAGCUCGUUGGUGUUACUGCCAUGUUUCUGGCUUGCAAAUAUGAGGAAAUGUAUCCACCAGAGAUCUCAGACUUUGCCUUUGUGACAGACCGGGCAUACACCACUGCCCAAAUUAGAGAGAUGGAAAUGACCAUCCUGCGCGUGCUGAAAUUUCAACUCGGCCGCCCACUUCCCCUGCAUUUCCUUCGACGGGCCUCAAAGAUUCAUGAAGUAACUACGGAGCAACACACCCUGGCUAAAUACUUGCUUGAGUUAACCAUGGUCGACUAUGAAAUGGCUCAUUACCCUCCUUCAUUGGUGGCCAGUGCAGCUAUGGCGCUUACGCUCAAGCUCUUGGAUGCUGGUGAAUGGGAUGCAACUCUGCAGCACUACAUGGACUACACCCCAGACGCUUUGAUACCUGUCAUGGCCCACAUUGCCAAGAAUGUUGUGAAAGUGAAUGAAGGCCAAACUAAGCAUAUGGCUGUCAAGACAAAGUACUCAUCUUUAAAGUAUAAGAGAAUUGCAACAAUCUCACAGCUAAAGUCUUCUGUAGUGAAAGAUCUUGCAAAGUAGCUCAAACAGUGAGUUUAAACUUGUGAAACUUUUUGUACAGAUUUGACCUUGUUUCUCAACCCAAAGCUUUUAAACCUUAUUUUAAGUCUUUUAACUCUUAAAUUCUUAAUCUUGACAUGGAUAUCAUUUAAUCUGUCAAAUGCUACUUUUGGUAAUGAUCCCAAAUUGUUUGCAACUUACCUUUUUUUUGCCCAACAAGACCAGAUUUUUGAUGCCCUUUUCUGCUCUUCAAGUUAUGUAAAUUUACAGCAAGUUGUGUACAUUCUUGAAUGUGUUUGCAAUUAAAUGUUUUGACCAGAA